AUGCCCAAUAGUCUUCAGUUACAACAACUUGUUCAGCAAACAUUCAAAAUUAGAAAGGUGCUGAAUGAGGGGGACUUCCACACUUCCUUGCAGCUGUCCCAGCAUCCCCACAGUCGCAUGAUCACAAUUUGGAUUUACCAUGCUGGAGUGACACCAGUUCACAAGAACAGUUGCCUCACCCAUUCGUUCCAGCAUCUGAACACAGAGCUCUCUGCAGAUUUCACAGUCCAUUUAGGGGUGCGAAAUUCGAAGGAGCAUGAUGGUGUUAAUGAGGAUAAUAGAGCUAACUCUCAAUCGCCUCAGAAUUGCUCAAAGGUCGCGAAGGUUAUCAAAAUCUACAGUCCCAUACCAGAAAUCACAAUUGGAGGAAAAGUGACAUUGGUGUGCUACUGGGAGACAGAUUGUCUGCCAAUUAAUUACGUCUUGUUUUUAAACAAAAUAAGAGUACAAGGACCUGCACCACAGAGCAUGAAGGAAGAAAAAGUUGUAUUUAACAUUACAAUCCAUUCCAGCAGUCAACUGGGUCCAUAUAAGUGCAAAGCUGAGUACAGAAAUAUAGUAGCAUAUAGCCUAGGUUUCAACUUUACAUUAAGAGAAAGUAACAAUCUAGCUGUUUUCAUUGUGCCUCCUCUCAUUCUCCUGCUGCUAUUGAUUGCAGCAGUUGUGACAAUUCGACUAUUGAUCCUUCCUUGGUGUAAGGCAAGGAAAUUGAAAGCAGCUAAUAUUUCCACUGCAUAUGAUGAUACUGGGGAGAACCAACUUGACGAUGAACAUUGUGUGGCUUAUGGAGUAACCAAAGAACCUGAAUAUUGCAAUAUGAAAAUGAAAACCAAGACAGAAGAUUACAGAUAUGUGAACGACAAUGAAGACAGUACCGUAACCUAUGCAGAAGUCAUCUGUAGAUAAGAGUGAUUCCUUUAUACGACAAGGAUGAGUUUUUAAAUUAUUCUUUAGUUCCAUAUUUUUUGGGGGGUCAGUCUUUAUCUGUACAACACAGCAGACAAUCUAACAUCGGAAUAAGUAUCUGAACAUUGAUGCAGUCCCCAGAAUCUCAUUUUUCACAAUACCAAAAAUUGUUGGUAGUAAACACGUUGGUAGUAAACAUUCUAGUUCUCAAGGAUUACAGUUAAGAGUUAAGAGAAAGAUGAAAAAUGACAAAAAUGUGCAAGAUAUAUAAAAUUAAGAAUUAUAUUGUUUGGUCAAGUCACAUAAGAACGCCAUGAUGGAAACUUGAGGCAAGAAUACCUACGUAUCUACAGGUCAGAUUUUCUUAAGACUAGUACAGGCUUCCUUCCUAGACUCUGACUAGUAGAAUGCCUUAUCUUCUGUCACCUCCUUCAACAGGGGAAUCAUCCGUGAAAGCCAAACGUGAUCUUCCUGUUCACCUUCAAUGAGUCUUCUUCUGGAACUCACAUGGCAAUUCCCUUCAGCAAUUUUCUUCUGAAUUGCCCUGGAACAAGCCCUCACCAAGAUAAACCUGUCCUAUCCAAUUCACUAACUUUCAGCAUUACUUUAAACAAAUCUUCAACAGCCACCACUAGAUCCAUGUGUCGGCCACCUUACCUUUUCCAUCUAAGUUGUUCUCAGAAUUUUCAAGGCAGUCUUCUUUUGCCAGCUCAUUAGCCUUCCUUUUCUCUUUUAUCAGAAUUUUCCUAUGGAAAAUUAAGCCACCUGCCCUACUCACAGGUUUUGUUUAUCUGCUCACUAAAUAAGGAUGGUUAGUUGUCUGUGUGGACAUAAGAUCCUUCACUGGGAAGACAGGGUUGAACACAGGCUUUCAGAGUUGAUUUGAAUUCCAAAAUAACCAGAAGAUAAAGAUUACUUAUAACUGGUGUAGGGAAGGCAAAGCCAACCGGUUUCUGAGGGAUCCUUUUGGAUGGUCUCAUAAAUCAGUGGGUUUUUUUUGCAUUCACUUUGAGUGCCUUUAUAAUUCCUUAUAUAAAGAUACCGAGUCUGUCUUAUGAAGCAGGAUUCCCACUUGUUUUUCCAUGUUAAACAGGUUCUUCCAAUUGCUCAUUUAUACUGAAUUUCUAGAAAGUACUUCACUGCUUAUAACAUGUCACAUUUAAAGAAGCUAAUGUCCCUUAUUUUAUGUCUUUGAUUUGAUGUCAGUUCUGUUGAGAUACAACAACCAAGAACUGACCAGAUCUUUUCUGUUCAGUUCUGAAGUUCAGCAUUAUUUAUUGUCCCUUGGCAAUUUGGCUCCAAGGUGAAGUUCUGUUUUUAUUAAAGAGCAACAUGGACACUGAAGCGUAUGACACCAACUUCCCAUAUUAGUAUGCUUUCAAGCUUUUGGAAAUGACAUUUAUGUAUAUUGUUGUUGAAAAUGGGCAAAAAGAACAAUUUGAUUAAUAUAGGCUUAAAUGAUCCUUCUUCAGAUGAUAGAUGCCCUUAACGUAUCCAUCCUAAUUUCUAUUUAAAUCUAAAUUAGAGAAAAACAAUAUUGAACCUUUGAAAAACCUUUUUUUAAAAAAACCAAGUUUUUAAGCUUGGAAAUGGAAUGUUAACAUAUUAUUUCUGUUUAUGUUAGACAUAGUUCUGUAAUAUUAUGAACUCACA